AUGAAGUUACAAUUAAAUGAUACACAAAUGGAAAUUGAUCCUUCUCAAACAACGACAACUACUAACCCUGCGAUAGCACACUUACAAGAAGUUCAUGAAGUUGUCAAUGUAUUGUCAAAUGGUUUGGAGACACUAAAUGAUGAUAAUCAACAUUUCAACAAUGAAUCACUUCGACUUCAAAUUCAACUUCAAACAUUCACUGAAAAUAUUCGCCAAGUUAAGCAUUCUAUCGAAGAAUCUCACAGCUUCUUAGAAGGAUUCAAACUGAAUCAGGAUAUUCUCGGCCAAGAUGUAUCAUCAUUAAAAGAGAAAAUCAAUGAUAGACAAAAUGUUUCAUAUGAUGGAACAUGCAUAUGGAAAAUUAUAAAUGUUAAAGAAAAAAUGGGUAGAUUGUUAGGAGAUUAG